AUGAUUUAUCUUGUCUUCAUCACCUUUUUAGUAGGGGCUCUAGGCCAGAGCUCUUGCAAACUAACACCCUCGGACGACUCCUGGCCAAAUGUUGCAGAAUGGGCUACUCUAAACGACACCAUCGACGGGACACUCAUCCAGACCCGGCCGGCAGCGUCAUCAUGUUACGAUGGCAACCCUUUCAACUCGUCCCUCUCCUGCGACUUUGUCGAAUCUAAUUGGACAUCAUCCGCCUUCCAUGCUUCCAUUCCCGAAUCGGUCGACUAUCCCAUUUUUGCAAACAAUUCAUGUUUGCCGCCAGGCGCGACUGGUUAUAAUACAUCUCUGCUAGGAUGCCACAUUAGUGGUUUUCCACUGUUUGUCGUCAAUGCCACCAAUGCACAGCAGAUUUCCACGGCAGUUGCAUGGGCAGCUGCCCGUGAUAUUCGCGUGGUUGUCAAGGGUACAGGUCAUGACUUGAAUGGCAGAUCCGCUGGUGCUUAUGCGCUCUCGAUAUGGACUCACAACCUGAAAACUAUACAAUAUCAGAAUGGAUGGCAAGUCCCUGGCGGUGGAGUCGAUGAUGUCUUUAUUGUUGGCAGCGGCAAUAACUGGGGCGAGAUCACAACAGCGGCUGCCGCGGUGGGACGCGUCUGUAUCAGCGGGCAAGACGCGACUGUAGGUCUGGGCGGUUUCAUUCAGGCUGGCGGUCACGGUCCUCUUUCCAGUCAUUACGGUCUGUCGGCGGAUAACCUAUACCAAGCCACUGUCGUCUUGGCAUCUGGAGAAAUUCUAGUUGCAAACGAGGUCGAGAACCCAGAGCUACUGUGGGCAAUUCGUGGUGGUGGCCCGGGACAAUUUGGCAUUGUCACCGAGUAUGUGCUUCGGUCGCACCCCAUCCCGGAGACUGUGGUGGAAGCAACAAUCACAAUGUCUCUGGCAGCCAACAGCACAGCAUAUAAUUCAACCUGGGCCGGUCUAGCGGCUUUCAUGAAGAGCCUUCCAGACUCCAUGGAUGCUGGCUUGACUGGCAAUGGCUACGCCAGAUCGACGCCGUCUCAAAUUUCCGGCCUCUCCAUGACAUACUUUGGCUACAACAUGACGACUGAGAAUAUCACUUCUCUGUUGGAACCUGUACGGUCGUCUAUACUGGCUCAAGGACUGAACAGUUCCCUCGAAGUCACAAUGAGCGAGCCCACCCUUUACCCAAGCUAUAUGGACUUUUUCAACUACUUGCAGUCCACUGCAAGCGGUGCCGGUGCAGCCAGUCUAGUUUCAAGCCGUGUUCUCGGCCGAGCCGAUCUGUCAGAUCUGUCCACAUGCCGCUUGCAAUACCAUCUGCGACAGGUCAUGCAAGGGCAAGUGGAAGGCAGCGGAUCGAUGCUCGUCAUUGGUCUACAAGGUGGAAAGGGUCCGGCCGAGGUAGAGGAUCGCAUGCGCGGUGCAUUGAACCCAGCGUGGCGUACAGGUUACGUGCACAGCAUUGUGACGGGAUCCAGCCUUGAUCUCACGAUCCCACCGCAAGAUGCACUGGAGGCAGCUGCGGCCUGGACAGAGGAGGUCAAGGAGACGGCCUGGCGGGAGUGGGCACCCACAGCUGGCGCAUACAUCAAUGAGGCCAACCCAUACUCUUCCUCCUUUGCGCAAGAUUUCUAUGGCGAGAACUAUGAUCGUCUGGUAGAGCUGAAGCAAAAGUAUGACCCUACCAACACUCUCUUUGCCCUUUCUGGCAUUGGUAGUGAUGAGUGGGACUACAAUCUCACCACUGGCAAGUUGUGCCGUUCCACUUCGGUAUAA